GUUUCAAGCUUUUCAGUCAGCCAUUUAUUUAAAUUUUCGGAUUUUAUAACGUCUGUGGAUUUUUUACCAAAAAGUAGGCACUGGUAUCUGAAAUGAAUAACUCCAGAUAAAGUACUCUAAAGCAGUAUAACACACAUAAAGCCUUGUAAUCCUCCCUGGGGUUGAACAGUAUUAAAAACAGACUGUUUUCUACAUGUAGUGCUAGGCACAGAAUAUACAAGAUAAAUAACACAUGAUUCCUUCCAUGAAAAAGCUCCCGUUUUCCAUCUCUGUUAUUUGUUCUCUUUUCUGAAAAAUUUCUUGAGUUAUCUUCUCCAUUGAUACAUUUUUAAAAAUUUUACUGUUGUACUUUUUAAAUGCCAAGAGCUGUUUCCUGUUUUUAAUUUAGAAAACAAGAUACGUUGUAACCUUGAGCAAGAACAUGUCUUGGUAAUCCUCCAUAAUUUGGAGUUUGGCACGUAGUAGCAUUAUAAACUCCUUGCUGAUAACAGAGCGCUACUCAGUCAGGCCCCUGGAUAAUGGGUAUUGUGGGUUCGUGUAAUGCCCUAGGACCCUCCCUCGGAUUUCAUUCAUAAAGACCUCUAGCCCAGGGUCUCUCCCUGUAAAUUAGGAGUUGGAACCUCAAUAGGAAGAUGCAAAAAAUGACUACGACUCCCAGAAUGCACUACAACCCAGAUCGGCGUGGAGCGGUGCAUGUUGGGAGUCCUUCCCUUCCGGGAGACAGAGGAAGCGCUUUUUUGAAUUUGUCAGUGGAGGCUGAAGUUUUUUCGAGUCGCUGGUUCUUUUCUCGGUUAACCGUGAAUCUUUGAGAACAAAGAGAGUCUGCCUCAGUCUUUCAGGCCGAAAAAGUUAACCGACGCUGCGCACGCACUCCUCUGCCCGCGAGCCAGACGGCGUCAGCAGUGGGACCCGAAGAGGAAGCCGAGCACAGGGCAGUGUGGCUGUGGCCGGAUCUCCGAGCCAUUAGAAACUGACCGCCCCAACUCUCGUUCCCUAGGCCCAAUGCUUUGAUCUAAUUGGUGUCUGGGCUGGUUUCUUGUCCUGGAUUGGGACUUCGGCGCGGACCUUUGGGCAGGCUUGGCCUUGUGACAUUCCGGUUAUUGCCUCCUCACCACUUAACCAUCCGAGCGCUUGUUGCCGGCUUCCGUACAUCUCUCAUCCACUUGUUCUGAUCAAAGUGUUGAGGAGUUAAAGCGUAUCCUGUAUCUAAUCCAGUCCCAGCCGCGAGAAAGGAAGAAACUCUCUGGGUGCGACGCUCUUCCUACAAGAGUUACCUGCCGUACAAUGCUGUCUUGUGAUAUUUGUGGUGAAACAGUAACCUCAGAACCAGACAUGAAGUCUCACCUCUUAAUUGUCCACAUGGAAAAUGAAGUUAUAUGCCCAUUUUGCAAGUUGUCAGGUGUGAAUUAUGAUGAAAUGUGUUUUCAUAUUGAAACUGCACAUUUUGAGCAAAAUGAACGAGAAAGAAACUUUGAGAGGAUUAAUACAAUCCAGUAUGGAACUUCAGAUAACAGGAAGGACAGCACCCUACAAAGUAGAAUGGAAGUUAAUUCAAGUAUUCAUUCAGCUUGUGCAUCUAAUCAUCCAAAAAUUUCAGCUCAAAGCCUGCCUAAGGAUGCUACUUUAAAACAUAAAGACUUGUAUUCGGACAACUUAACUGAAUCUAGAAAAUUCCUGAAAAGUAAAGGAAAACAGUGUGACCAAACCAAAAUAAAAGAAUCAAUUUAUGAAACAAUGUAUAGUGCUCCUGAAUGUCCAUUCUGUGGAAAAAUAGAGGAUUGUAGUCAAGAUAUGGAAACUCAUGUGAAAAUAAAGCAUGCCAAUCUUUUAGACACUCCAUUAGAAGGCUGUGAUCAACCACUCUAUGACUGCCCUAUGUGUGGGCUCAUCUGUACAAAUUACCAUAUUCUCCAGGAACAUGUUGACUUGCAUUUGGAAGAAAGCAGCUUUGCACAAGGCAUGGAUAGAGUCCAGUGUUCUGGAGAUCUAGAAUUGGCUCACCAGCUUCAACAAGAAGAAGACAGAAAGAGGAGAUAUGAAGAAUCAAGACAAGAAAUGGAAGAAUUUCAGAAGCUGCAGAGACAAUAUGGUUUAGAUAAUUCUGGAGGGUACAAACAACAGCAGCUACGAAAUAUGGAGACAGAAGUAAAUAGGGGAAGAAUGCAUCCAUCUGAAUUUCAUAGAAGAAAAGUUGAUAUGAUGGAAUCACUAGCUAUGGGUAUUGAUGAUGGAAAAACAAAAACUUCUGGAAUUAUGGAAGCACUUUAUAGGUAUUAUCAGAAUGCUGCCACAGAUGUGAGGCGUGUGUGGCUUUCUGCAGUAGUGGAUCACUUUCAUUCGUCUUUUGGUGACAAAGGUUGGGGUUGUGGUUACAGAAAUUUCCAAAUGCUGCUUUCGUCGUUAUUACAAAAUGAUGCUUACGAUGAUUGCUUAAAAGGUAUGUCAGUUCCUUGCAUUCCAAAAAUUCAGUCUAUGAUUGAAGAUGCAUGGAAGGAAGGUUUUGAUCCUCAGGGUGCCUCUCAACUUAAUAACAGGUUACAGGGAACAAAGGCGUGGAUAGGAGCCUGUGAAGUGUAUACACUUCUGACCUCCCUAAGGAUAAAGUGCCGUAUUGUUGACUUUCACAAGUCAACUGGUCCUUUGGGUACACACCCCCGCUUAUUUGAAUGGAUAUUGAGCUAUUAUUCUUCAGAGAGAGAAGGGAGUCCAAAAGUAAUGUGUACAUCUAAACCUCCUAUCUAUCUUCAGCAUCAAGGUCAUAGUCGAACAGUUGUUGGAAUUGAAGAAAGAAAAAACCGAACCUUAUGUUUACUAAUAUUUGAUCCUGGAUGCCCUUCUCGAGACAUGCAGAAACUCUUAAAACAAGACCUGGAAGCUAGCAGUCUCAAGCAGCUUCGGAAAUUUGUGGGAAAUCUGAAACAUAAGCAAUACCAGAUAGUGGCAGUAGAGGGUGUUCUUUCUUCAGAGGAGACAGCUGCCAGGAGACAAGAUUCUCAAAUCUUUACAGCCGAGAAGAUUCCUUGAAGAAGUAAGCAUUUCAGUGAUUGUGAAAUUUUAUUUCCCAAAUUCAGAUAUUAAAUUUCUUAAUACAACUUAUGAAUCUGUGAAUCCUUUAAAUACUCCACUUAUAAUUCUAAUAUCUAAAAUGUCUUAAUUAUACCUUUAGUGCUUCAUUGUUUAGUAAUUAUUCCAAUAAAGUGUCUUGUUUGCAUUGUG